CCAUGUCCGUCAUCCGCUUCACUUCAAAGUAAGCACAUCUUCCUUCUAGCUCGCUGAAACAACAACAAAUGGCCGAAGCAGCUCUCUUCAACACUACUGCGAAUAUCAUGAAAAGCUUGGGCUCUCUUGCUCUUCAAGAGAUUGGACCGCUAUGGGGUUUCAAAGAUGAGCUUAAAAAGCUCGGGAACACGGUUUCCACCAUCCAAGCUGUGCUUUUGGAUGCGGAGGAGCAGCAGGCCCACAACCAUGCAGCAGGCCAUUUUUGAAGCCGACGACUUGCUGGAUGACUUCUCCAUUGAACUUCUACAGCGACAAGUCAUGGCAGGGUAUAACAAGGCAAAAGAGGCACGCAUAUUCUUUUGCAAAUCGAACCAGCUUGUUUAUUGCCUUAAAAUGGGUCAAAGGAUCAAGGCAGUUAGAGUAAAACUGAAUGAAAUCGCAGAGGAUAAGAAUAACUUUAACUUCACUCCACACCUUAUAGAGACACAGCUCGAGCAUAGGAGGAGAGAAGAUACACACUCUUUUGUACUUGAGGAAGAAGUCAUUGGGAGAGAGGACGAAAAGAAGGCUGUUAAAGCGCUGUUAUUUGAUUUCAAUGUGAAAGAGAACGUUUCCAUCAUUCCCAUAGUUGGGAUUGGUGGACAAGGGAAGACCACGCUUGCUCAGUAUGUGUACAAUGACGAGGAGGUCCAAAGACAUUUUGAUCUGAGGCUUUGGGCAUGCGUCUCUGUUCCUUUUGACGUAAAAACUAUUGUUCAAAAGCUCAUAGAAUCAGCAACUAAGAAGAGACCUGAAAGUUGUCAAAUAGAUUCGUUGCAAAGUCAACUUCGAGUAACAAUUGGUGGGAAGCGAUACUUACUUGUUUUAGACGAUGUAUGGAAUGAGAAUACAAAUAAAUGGUCCGACUUGAAAAAUCUGUUGGUGGGUGGCUUGAGGGGAAGCAAAGUUUUGGUUACCACACGGAACGGAAAAGUUGCAGACAUUACACGCACAGCUUCACCAUAUUUUUUGGGAGGUCUACCUGAAAGUAAUUCUUGGGAUUUAUUUAAGAAAAUGACAUUUAAAGAUAGGGAGGAGCCAAAGAAUCCAAUGCUAGUAGAAAUUGGAAAGGAGAUCGUAAAGAAGUGUGCAAAAGUUCCUCUUGCUAUAAGGAGCGUAGGGAGUCUGUUAUAUUUCAAAAAUUCGGAGGUUGAAUGGUUGAAAUUUCAAACCAAUAAACUUUACGAAAUAAAUCAACAAGACAAUGAUAUUUUUCCAAUACUAAAGCUGAGUUAUGAUCAUCUCCCACCACACUUGAAACAAUGUUUUGCUUUUUGUUCACUGUUUCCAAAAGAUUUUAAAAUUGGAGUGGAAGUGUUGAUUCAGCUAUGGAUAGCGCAAGGCUUUAUUCAUUCGUCAGGCAGAACAAUAUGUCUUGAAGAUGUUGGUCGCAAGUAUUUUAUGGAUUUGCUUUGGAGGUCGUUUUUUCAAGACAUGCAAAGAAAUGAAUAUGAUGAUAUAGUAAGUUGCAAAAUGCAUGACCUUAUACAUGAUCUUGCACAAUUUGUAGCAAGGGAUGAGUGCUUAAUUUCAAAUCCAAAUGCAAUAAAAGUAGUUGAAAGAACUCGCCAUGUGGCAUUCGAUUCUUUACAUUCAGUAAGAGAUAUCCUAGCUCCUUUGCUCAAGGCAGACAGAUUGAGAACGCUUCUUCUACGACAUCCAGGAUAUGAAUUCCAUCCGCUAGUACUCGAGGGGAAUAAGCGAGUCUAUGGUACACUUAUUUCAAGUUUUAAAUGCUUGCGUGCUUUGAAUUUGAGUCACUCGAAUAUCCAAAAAGUGGCAAAUUCUAUUGGCAAGUUAAAGCAUCUAAGAUAUCUCGAUCUUUCUUGGAAUGGUGGUAUCAAACUACUCCCCGCUUCUAUAACUAAAUUGCAGAAUUUGCAAACACUAAUACUUGACUUUUGUAGCCGGCUUAAAGAAUUGCCAAAAGACACUAGAAACUUGAUUAGCCUUAGGCAUCUUGCGCUUGAUGGGUGUGACAGCUUGACUCAUAUGCCGCAUGGACUGGGAAAGUUGACCGCUCUCCAAACACUGUCGUUUUACAUUUUAGGGAAGAAGGAUAGUUAUUUUCCAAAGCAAAAGGGUGGGCUAGGCGAUCUGGAUGGUUUAGUUGAGUUGAGAGGAAGAUUACGUAUCAAGGGUUUAGAGCACUUGAGAUCUUCUCCAUUAGAAGCCAAGGCUGCAAACUUGGAGAGGAAACAAUACCUUCGAAUACUGGAAUUAGAGUGGGACUGUUUUCAUAUAGAAGCUGGUUAUGAUAGUGAUAAGGCAAUUGCAAAUGAUGAACAGCUGUUGCAAAACCUUCGGGCACACCUAAAUUUGAAAGAAUUAAUGAUAGAAGGGUAUGCAGGCGUGAGGUUCUCCGGCUGGGUGUCCUUGCUCUCGAAUUUGGUUAAAAUUACCAUAAUGAAUUGUAAAUGGUGCAAUCAUAUCCCACCAUUGGACCGAUUCCCUUUUCUCAAGUAUCUUUCUCUUCAUAAAUUGAGUGCGCUGGAGUACAUAAACAAUGAUGCCAGUGAAGUGUCCUCUUCAUCUCUUGAAAGUCUCAGACUUGAAAAUUUGCCUAAGAUGAGGGGAUGGUGGAGGAUGAGGGAAGUAGUAACAACAGAGCAUGAGCAAAAUUAUAAUCUUCCAUUAUUCCCAUCAUUUCCAAGCCUUUCUUCUUUAUAUAUCGGGAAUUGCUCUUUAAGGUCCAUAAUGGGAGCCGUAGCACCAGGGAGCGAAAUAACACCCUCCUCUUCCUCACCCUUUUCCAUUCUCUCCAAAUUGAAGUAUCUUAAACUUUAUCUUUUAGAGGAACAUGAAUAUCUGCAAGAGGAGUGGCUGCAAAACCUAACUUCUCUUGAGAUGCUGGAUAUUUGGGCGUGUCCUAAACUACAAAUAUCCAUCUCUCCACUCUUUCAACAUCUUGCUGCGCUUGAAGAUAUGUCGAUUGUUUACUGCAAAAAUCUUAUCAGCAAUGAGGAUGAAGAGGGCGCGCAAUGCCUUCGACCUACAACACUUCGUCGGCUACAAAUAGUAAACGUUACAAGCUUGGUGUCUCUCCCAAGGGAGCUUAGACAUGCUACUGCUCUGCAAUUGCUUAACAUUUCGGACUGCCCUAGUUUGGUGUCUUUACCAGAGUGGAUAGCCGACCUCACUUCACUUCAGAAACUUCAGAUCCACGGUUGUCCUCGCUUGGGGGAAAGAUGUCAAGAAGGAAUAGGCGAGGAUUGGCCAAAAAUUGCCCACAUCCCAGACUUUUCGAAUGAUUGGGCUUAAUGCAGUACCGAUUAUUCUUCAGAACCAACGGUAGCAUGGAACAAACAAGGGUUUAAGAAUAGACACAUUUUCAGACCUUGCCGAAAAUCAGAUUUGCACAAAGCCGUCAGAUUUCCAAGAGACACGGAUAGAAAAGCAUCAAUUCAUGAUAUGGGUGUGAGAAUCAUUGGGUUAUUAUUGCAAUAUGCUCGGAUAUGUCGGCCUCACUUGCAGACAAAACAAUGGACACUAUACAGAGCAUUUCCAUGAUGAGGAAGUUCGGGUUCUUCCACUUGCUUUAAUGCUUGCUUGUCUUCAAGUGAAAUUGGUUGUUGUGCUCCAAGGGUACUGACUGGAACUGAUGAUCAUUUUAAAUUAUUAGGUGCUGAUGCCCAUGAAAGCCUGGAUCAUAGUGAUCUCACUUUCAAGGAUGGAUGGAAUGAUAUACCUGGGAUGAACCCGAAAGGAAGCUUGAAUCUGAAAUAAGAAGAGUUUUUCAGGAUUCAACUCUUGAUUCAAGAAGAAAAGCUUAUCUUAUUCAAAACCUUAUGAACAGUUCAGUUUAUGGUGUGACACUUUUUUGAAUCUUAUUCCAACUAUUUAGAUUAAUAUGAUUUUGUAAAUAUUCUGUUAUAUAAAUGGGUAAUGUUAGUCAGUGAAUAGCGUCUCAGCAGAAGUUACUUCAGGCAACAACUGGUGAAAGUUCAAAUUAUGAAGAUUUACUUGAAUGUUCUCUGUUAUUUCAUGGUUCGGAGAAACAAGUGUAUGGGAGUAAGCAUUAUGAAAGAAAUUGCAAACUCUUUGUUGCUUGCUGUGGGAAGUUAUGUACAUUUAAUGGAUACAACAAUGAUGUAACUGAUACAAUUCAGAAGGUUGCUGCUACUUAUGACUGCAAAAUUGUUGAAGGUGUUCUUCGCCAUUAGCUGAAGCAGUUUGUGAUAGAUAGUAACAAGGACGUUGUAUUGAGUGUAUUUGGUCCAUAAACGAGAGUUAAAGAUGCAUAAUUUUGGGGAGAAUGAAGUUUAUGAUGUUGAUAUUGUAACAAGCACAGGUGAAGGCAAGCCUAAGCUGUUGGAUGAGAAACAGACGACUAUUUAUAAGAGAGCCAUUGACAGGAACUACAACUUGAAGAUGAAAGAAUCUAGGUUUAUUUGCAGUGAAAUAUAUCAGAAAUUUUCUAUCAUGCCAUUCACAGCUAGGACUCUUGGAGGAGAAGAGGGGUCAGCUGGGUUUGGUGGAGUGUGUUCUUCAUGAGAAGCCGGGUGAUAGUGUUGCUCACAUCAAAUUCACAGUUUUGCUAAUGCCAAAUGGUUCAGAUAGUCACAUCUCAUCCUGAGCAGGAGCUGCUGCCCACAAAGACGAUAGAUCAUCCUGAAUCAAGGCCUAAUUUAUGUAAUGGAAUUGGUGGUGGAAGGAAGAAGCAUGGUAAAAAGGGUGACAAAGCUGAGUCUUCAACAAAAUCUGAGCAUAUGGAUGCAACAACAAACGGUGUUGCUACCCAUCCCAAGA